AUGAAACUUAUUACACUUCUUGCACUCUUCAAAGCGACUCAAGCACUACUAGUCCCUUCACCACCAGGCCCGUAUCAUGUUGCCGUCAAUAACUUCGAGCUUGUAGAUCCAACUCGCAUCGACCACUUUGCACCAGAGCCCAACACCAAGCGCCGCAUCAUGGUAUCUGUAUACCUGCCCAUUGAGGCUCAUCAUCGAUGCAAAUCUCAAGUUGUACCGUAUAUGCCACCUCUGACAGCGAGUGUCUUUGGUAAACUGGGCACCACCCUCGGCAUUCCAAAAGGCACUAUUGAGAGUUUUAACAUGGAAGUCUGUAACAUGUCCACCAUCAAACCAAAAAAGGUUCACCGUUCCAAGAAGGAAUUUCCAAUGGCUAUCUUUUCACCAGGCGCUCAAGGGACUAGACUUGUGUACGGCGCGAUGGCCAGAUCAUUGGCAAGUUUAGGAUACAUCAUUUUUACUCUUGAUCAUACAUAUGAGACUUUGGUCGUUGAAUUUCCCGAUGGAGGUACUGCGUAUGCGACAACAAGCAACACUUCAGAGCUUUUCAUGUUGGAGGCUCGCACCAAUGACGUGUCGUUUCUCACCUCACAACUCUCCAACAAGACCAUUUCCAAUGGCAUCUUCGCCAACUUUACUGGUGCUUUCGACCCAGGAAAAGUUGUAGUAUACGGGCACUCUUUCGGCGGGUCAACUGCAGCUGUCACUGUUCAACGAGACCAUCGCGCUGUUGGCGGACUCAAUCUCGAUGGUCCAAUCUACGGAUCUGUCAAUCACCAAGGAUUCAAGAACAAGCCGUUUGUGCUUGUAGGUGUUGAAAAUAAGAACAGUCCUGAGUGGGGUGAGUUCUACAACAAGAUCGACGCUUCCAAGAUGGUCUUGAAGGUCUUAAAGGCUCAGCACUAUGCUUUCACAGACGUGCCUUUGUUGCUGGAAAAGAUAAAGAUGCCUCCCAAGUCGCAGCAAAUGGUGGAUGAGGUAUUUGGUACUUUGAAUGGAAGAAUGGUCGAGAAAGCUACAAACCAAAUCAUGGUUGGGUUGAUGGAUUUGUUAUUCAUGAACGAUACCAAGGCGAUUAACAAGGUUGUUAAUAAUGUCGAUAUUCAGGUACUUCGAAGAAAUAUUUUAGCAUAG